AUGUUUGCAAAGUUUAAGGGGAUCCUCAGUGGCCCACAGGUGCCACAAGCUUCAGGGACCACUGGAGCGGGCUCUAACCCAGUUCCAGCAGCAACACCGGCUCCUGCUCCAGCUGCAACACCAGCUCCAGCUCCAGCCAAGGAGGAGAAACCAGCUGAUCAGAAGAAUGAGGACAAGAAGGAGGACGAACCUCAGGAGACAGAAAAGAUUAAAAUAAAAAAUACAUAUUUUCCUUUCAUUGAAUCAACCCCAGCUCCAGCUCCAGCCCCAGCCCCGGCCCAAGCCCCUGCUCCAACCCCGGCCCCAGCUCCAGCAGCAGCUCCAGCAGCAGCUCCAGCGGCCCCAGCUCAGGCUCCUGCAGAGGCUGACCCUCCUCCUCCUCCCCUUCCCAUCGUCAUCAACAAAUACUCAGAUGAGCAGCUACGGAUGAUCAUCACCCGGAUGAGAGAGAGGCUUGAGCUGUACAGGGAGAAGGCGCUGGAUAAAAAUGCCUCAUCCCCAGAGAUCAGCCCUCCUGUCACCCCUGUGCUCCGUAAAGACCACUACGCUAAAGUCAUAGAGGAAAGGAUGAGGCAGGCAGAGGAGGACCGGAUAAAGAAGGAGGAGGCCGACAAAAAGAAAAAAGAGGAGCAGGAGAAGAAGAAGCAGGAGACCGAGCAGAAGAAGAAGGAAGAGGAGGAGAAGAAGAAAGCAGAGAUGGAGGAGAAGAAGAAAGAGAAGAAAGACAUAAAGAUCCAGUUAAAAGAGGCCUACUGGUCCACGGUGGACAUAGUCCUGAAGCCGAUAGAGGACCAGAUGGACUCGGUUCUGGGUUCUACCAUGGACCCAUUCACAGACCGGCGCUACGUCGCCUGGCUCAGCCUGGUCACUCUGGCCUUCAACUAUAAUACCUGGUUCAUCACAGCCCGUCUCUGCUUCCCCUACCACACUGAGGAGGCCAUCCCGUGCUGGUUUGUUCUGGAUCUGCUGGCAGACCUAAUCUACCUCUCAGACUCAAUCAUCUUCCAGGCCCGUAAACAGUUCGUCAAAGCAGGAGACAUUGUAAAAGACCGGGCAAUGACGAAGAAGAACUACAGAGACUCAGAUAGAUUCAUGAUGGACACAGUGGCCCUCAUCCCCUUCGACCUGCUCUACCUGCAGUUUGGGUUUAAAUCCAUCUUCAGGGCCAACCGCCUGCUGAAGGUGAAUACGUUCUUUGAGUUCAGUGACCGUCUGGAGAGCAUCAUGGCCAAAGCUUACAUCUGGAGAGUAAUUCGGACCAUCGGAUAUCUUCUCUUCAUGCUGCACCUCAACGCCUGCUUCUACUACGUGGCCUCUGACUAUCAGGGCAUUGGGAAAACCAAAUGGGUCUACUCUGGUCUGGGCAGUGCGUACCUGCGCUGUUACUACUUUGCUGUCCGCAGUCUGAUCAACAUUGGGGGUCUACCUGAACCCCACACUGUCUUUGAGAUUGCCUUUCAGAUGACAAACUUUUUCACGGGUGUCUUUGUGUUCUCCAGUUUGAUUGGACAGAUGAGAGACGUCAUCGGUGCAGCCACAGCAGGUCAGACCUACUUCAGGUCCUCCAUGGACAACACUGUGUCUUACAUGGUGAAAAACCGCAUCCCCUCCAUGGUCCAGAACAGAAUCCGCACCUGGUACACCUACACCUGGGACGCUCAGGGCAUGUUGGAUGAGUCUGAGCUGCUGGAUAAGAUGCCUCUGGUGAUGAGAACCGCCAUCGCUGUGGACAUUAACCUGACAACUUUCCAGAAAAUCGAUCUGUUCAAGGGCUGUGACCAGCAGAUGUUGGUGGACAUGUUGCUGAGGCUCAAAUCCAUCAUCUAUCUACCUGGAGACUUUGUCGUUAAGAAAGGAGACAUCGGUAAGGAGAUGUACAUCAUAAAGGGCGGAGCAGUGCAGGUGGUGGGAGGACCUGACAACAGCAUUGUGUUUGUCACACUGAAAGCCGGCUGUGUGUUUGGAGAAAUCAGCCUGUUGCAGUCGUCUAAAGACGGAGGAAACAGGCGAACAGCUAACGUCAAAGCUCAUGGCUUCGCUAACCUCUUCGUCCUGGAGAAGAAAGACCUGUUUGACAUCCUGGUCCACUACCCUGAGUCUCAGAAAGUCCUGGCCAGGAAGGGCAGGAAACUGAUGAAGUCAAAGGGUCCUGCAGCAGCUAAAGCAGAGGAUGAGAAGAAAAAAGGUCUGGCUCUGUUUGGAGUCAAACCUCCAACACCCAAGCUGCUGCGAGCUUUCGGAGGAAACUUAAACAAAGCCAUGAUUGAGCGAAUGAAGGCUGCUGCUUCUGGAAAGUGA